AUGGUGUAGAAGGUAAACCCACCCAGUCAUUCAAUCUUGACACCUCGGGAAUUCCGCGAUCUGUCAAUAAAUCGUGAAACAUUAUCACCGGAGGCUAAACGUGAAACAAAAGCCGCUUUCUCAAUCCUGGCAUUUCGGCCUGCCAGCCAUUUUCACUGAUCACCGGGCGACAAUUCUCAACUCUUCACACUUAAAAACCCACGUUAACAUAGUAUGACCAGAUAAGAGCUCAUCAGAACUGGUAGCUGUUUCUGGAUGCAUAUAUUAACCAUGCGGUUUUCAGUUCGUUUUGCUGCUCUUUUCGUCGUCGUUUGUGGAUUAUCAUUGGUAAAUUCUCCUCUCGCGGAUGCCGAGUGUCAAGGGUGCACAUCUUGCAUUCCAAAAUGUAUAGGACCAAAAGGUGAAAGGGGAGAUCGAGGCAGAACAGGUCAAACUGGCCCAUCUGGCUUACCGGGCUUCCAAGGGCCCGAAGGUCUACCAGGACCAAGAGGCUAUAAGGGAGACAAAGGAGAAAGUGGUUCGAUUGGAGCAAAGGGGCCAAGAGGAAGAGUUGGUCCACCUGGUUUUCCUGGAGCAAAUGGCAAUCCGGGUUUGCCUGGAGAAGAUGGACCUCGUGGUAUGAUGGGUGACCCCGGCUGUAAUGGAACAAAGGGUGAAAGAGGUGUUGCAGGUGAACCAGGAAACCCUGGAGUCANCGAGUACUCACCUUGCUCUCUUUGGUCUGAAAACCAUUCCAACAUCUGCUGGUCUAGCUCUGGAUACUUUUGA